CACUGACAUUGACAUUCAUGACCAGUUUGUUUGGCAUAUAACCAAACAAAAUUGUCAUAUUUAUAAUGAUUUCCUACAUUGCUGAGUCUCAUUAUCACGGUCGUUUCCCGUUAGAAAACACUGAAGGCCAAGUUUUAUUCCAUGGGAAUAAUUACAUAACAGGAGUACCUUGUUUCGUGAUAUCCGUUCGGGCCCACCAAUCGCGUUUACGACAUGACUGUUUAUAGUAAAUGCAAAGUCCUUUUCAAGAAGUAUCCUCUUUUACGAGGAGUGGCGUCUUAUAGUAUUAUCUGGCCUACGUCCAGCCUCAUACAGCAAACGUUUGAGGGCAAGGAUUUAGAAAGCUAUGACUGGUGGAGGUGUGCUCGUUAUGGCUUGUAUGGGUCGUGCUAUGUUGCACCAACACUCUACACUUGGUUGACAGUUGCCAGCAUAAUGUGGCCUGGAAAUACUAUAAGAGCUGGCAUUAUUAAGACAUUUGUUGAAACUAUCACAUACACACCAUGUGCAAUGUGUAGUUUUUAUUUCGGAAUGAGCCUUUUGGAAAUGAAGCCACUGAAUGAAGCUAUAGCAGAAGUCCAAUCAAAAUUCUGGCCUACAUAUAAGGUUGGAGCAUCAGUUUGGCCCGCUGUAGCCAUGAUCAACUUCUGCCUCAUCCCCGCAAGGAACAGGGUGCCCUUCAUCAGCCUGUGCAGCCUGGUGUGGACCUGCUUCCUGGCCUACAUGAAGCAUUUAGAGAAGGAAAAAGUUCCUAACAGCAUGAUGCCAUCAUCUACAAAACUCCUAAAAAUUCAUAUAUAAAACAGGUUACAUUUUAUAGGGAAUUUAAACCACCUGUGCCUUAAAAAGGAUGCAGCUAUACCUAGAUUACCUAGAUCAAAAUUGUAGUUUAAGCAUAAUGACGAGUGUGAUAUAAUUUAUUAUUAAGAUUGAUAUGAAUACUAGUAUUAAUCUGUAUUUAUUACAAGUAUUAAUCUUUGUAUUAAGAAUGCAUCAUUAUUGUUACAAAUUGAACUGUUAAUAUUAUAACAUGUAUAAGACACUGUUGGGUAUCUGUGAUAUUUUUAUAUUAUUUAUUUUAGAAUUGCAACAAAACACUGGGAUCUGAUGUACAUUGUACAUUUUAAAUUUAUUUACAUGUUUAACACGUGUACUAGAGUAUAUUAUUGUUGAAAGUACACAGUAUUUUUAUUGGUGUUGUUAGUACCAAGUUGCAUUCGUGACCAAGCUAUUAAUUCUGAAAAACCAUUACAUCAUCACAAAAUGAAGGAAGGAAUUUUAUAAAUCAUACUAGAUAUGAUGAUAAUAAUCGUACAAGUUUGUAUAAGAUCAGUUAAAAACUUAAGGGAAGAAUAAAUAUAAUCUGAGACUAGACCUUUGUCUGGUGACACGGGUAGACGGCGCGUCUGACAAAAUCGGUCGAUUUCGUUCAGCAAGUCACACAACACGUGGUUAACACGGAGUAGUUGAGCUGCUUAAACUACACGUGUCUGCCGAUUCUGCCAGAUAUAUUGAGGAAAGUUUGGCAAGGUUACGCCACUUGUGCCUCAUUGUCUGACGCUGAUGCCAACUUGUGAAUAAGCGGGUUUGGAAGUUAUUCCUUCAAUGUUAAAUUUAUGAAUAAAAUUUACAGGUACCUAUUUAA